CUACUUUUUGGUCUGCGAUUUCUCCUCCUGCUUUGGUGUCGUUGCUCGUAGUCUGUCUCCAUUUCAAUGCUGACUCUUCAAAUGCUUUUUGCUUCUACAACCUCUUACUACAAAGGUACUAUCUUUUUUCCAAUUUUCCUUUCAAUAACUUCAAAUAAUACAAUAUAAUAACGAGAUUAAAUGUGGAUGCAUUGCGGCUGGGGAAAGAAGUUCACUCCUUUGCAAUGAAACCUCGUCUUUCUGAGGAUAACUUUGUUACUUGUGCAUUAAAAGACAUGUAUGCUAAAUGUGGAUGCUUGGAACAAUCUCGGAACAUUUUUGACAGGGUAAAUGAGAAGGAUGAAGCAGUAUGGAAUGUUAUAAUUGCAGGAUAUGGUAUCCAUGGACAUGUGCUGAAGGCUAUUGAGCUGUUUGGAUUAAUGCAAAAUAAAGGAUGCAGACCGGAUUCUUUUACAUUUCUGGGAGUGCUAAUUGCCUGUAACCAUGCUGGCUUAGUAACAGAAGGAUUAAAAUAUCUUGGUCAAAUGCAGAGUUUGUAUGGCGUAAAGCCAAAGUUAGAGCAUUAUGCUUGUGUGGUGGAUAUGCUUGGUCGAGCAGGGCAACUGAAUGAAGCUUUAAAGCUUGUAAAUGAGAUGCCAGAUGAGCCAGAUUCAGGGAUAUGGAGUUCAUUGCUCAGUUCCUGUAGGAACUACGGGGAUUUGGAAAUUGGAGAGGAAGUUUCCAGAAAGUUAUUAGAGUUGGAACCAAAUAAAGCAGAAAAUUAUGUAUUGCUAUCAAACUUGUAUGCUGGAUUAGGAAAGUGGGAUGAGGUGAGAAAGGUACGGCAGAGAAUGAAGGAGAAUGGCCUAUAUAAAGAUGCAGGCUGCAGUUGGAUUGAAAUAGGAGGAAAGGUUUAUAGAUUUCUUGUUAGUGAUGGAUCACUUUCGGAAUCAAAAAAGAUUCAGCAGACUUGGAUUAAAUUGGAGAAAAAAAAAGCAAAAUUGGAUAUAAACCCGACACAAGUUGUGUGCUCAUGAACUGGAAGAAGAGUAAAAGAUUAAGAUGCUGAAGAGCCAUAACGAGAAGCUUGCAAUUUCUUUUGGUCCAUUAAAUACGCCUAAAGGUACAACGUUCAGGGUUUGCAAAAAUCUACGCAUAUGCGUAGACUGUCACAAUGCAAUUAAAUUUGUAUCAAAGGUUGUUAAAAGGGAUAUUAUUGUAAGGGACAACAAGCGCUUUCAUCAUUUCAAAAACGGUUUGUGUACCUGUGGAGAUUUCUGGUAGUUGGGGGACUGUCAGUUUUUAAUGAUUAUUUUCAAUGAGUGAAGGACUCCAUUAAAGAUCAAUGGAGUUGUGGAGAACUGCUUCUGCUUAUCCUCCACGUUAUAUAGAUAUGUGAAAUCCAAUUCUUUCCGAAUUAUACUUUGCAAUUGCGUUGUUACUGACAGAAAAGAUGAGCCAUGCAGAAUUUAUCCUUAGUCUCUGACUUGUAAAUAAUUAAUUAAUUACCCUCAGUGUGAACUUGGGUGAAUAUUUUUCACUGUAAAUGACAAGCGAUUGCAUAGCAUACUAUGAAAAAAUAAUGUGAUAUAUAUGUUGAAGAGGACUACCAUUGAAGAAAAAAGAACAAUUCAAGAAUUUCAAAUGCAGAUGCAUAGCUCAU